AAGGUGAUCAUUUGAUGAUUAUAGGUUCUGCAAUUUUGAAUGUUGUUUGUCUUUUCAUGGUAUUUUGACUGCUUGAAAGAAACAAUAUCGACAUUAUGGGUAGGAAGUCAACAAAAGGUAAAGAAAAGAAGCUGAAGAGAAAAGAGGAGGUUGCAAAGAUUAAUGCAUCACAAGCUGCAGUCGAUGCUGCUAAUGAAGUUGAAGACCCUUUUAAGCCUUUUACUGCAUUCAAAAGCUUUAGCCGUAAUGGUUAUGAAGAAAGUGAAUGGGGUUGGAGUGACAAGAAGAAAAUGGAAGAAAUGACUGAAGACACAGCCAGGUAUUUGAUUGUAAGGGACAGUGAAGAUAAAGGAGUUGCUCUUUCACAUUUUCGAUUUGAUUUGGAUGAAAAUAUGGAUGAAGUUAUAUAUUGUUAUGAAAUCCAAGUAGACCCUUCGUUUCAUCACAAAGGACUUGGCAAGUUUUUGAUGCAAAUAUUAGAGCUAAUGGGCCAUAGAGCACAAAUGAAAAAAAUUGUUUUGACAGUCUUUACAGGAAAUGGUGUUGCGAUCAACUUCUUCAAGAAUUGUCUUAAGUAAGUUCUGAAUUUACAUGGUCUGUGAAGAUAUACCCACCCUCCGCUUUUCGCCCUGAUCAAAUAUKGGCUUCUCACCUGCAUUCGUUUUUUGUUGUCGCUGCUGC